GGCCGGCGACUCGUUUUCCCGCCAAUUUGUUAUUCGCAAUCACGAUCACGACAAGGGACAUCACCAAGCAACCGGCAUUUAUUAAAUUUAUAUACAUUUACUAAGAGCUUACGCAAAAUAUAAAUUAUAUACAUAAACAAUAAUAAUAAUAAGAUGUAUAUGAAAUAUUUGUGAAAGUGACAGCAGUAAAAUCCACAAGUAUUGAAUUUUUAAAUAAAAAAAUUUAAUGUUAGCAGAAAAAAACUUUUUAAAAUGAAUAUCAAGAUGAGUAAGUAUUAGGACACACAGUGAAAUCAAUUGGAGAGUCACAUCGUUAUUGCUUAAAAGUAAACAAGUUACUUGUGAAACACAUUCGUGAGCAGACGGAAGGAUCCAAGGCUGUUGCAUUGAAUUCAACAAAAGUAGACACCAACGAGCCAUAGGAAGAAAAUAUAAAAAUAAGUGUCAAGAUAAAAAAAUGUCUGAAGAUUCAUCACAAGCGAUAUCAUUUGCCAACAGUUAUUUUGCAUUAGCCGAUGGCUUAGUUUCGGAUUUUGAAAAUUAUCUAGCCGAUGACGUUAUCCUCGAUUGGUUUGGUCAAACUAUCAAGGGCCGUAAAAAUGUAUCAGCAUUUAUGAAGUACAGAAAUAUUAAUUCCCGACAUAUUAUUGAUGAAAUAAAUUCUACAUCUUCAAUCGAGUAUCGCAAACACCGACCACUGCGAAGAAAAUAUUAUUCAAUUGGUAAUUCUUGUGGGAAUAAAACAAUCGAUAUAGAUAAUGAGGAAAAUGGUAUUCGGUAUAAAAGAAAAUGUUAUUCCGAAGGAGUAGUAGAUGGUAAUAAUUUAUCAGCGGACAAUAGCGCUAGUGAAACAAACGUAGGAAUGGACAUUGAAACCGAUUAUGCAGAUUUUAAAAUAGCGUCAACUGAACUACAGGAUGAUUAUUCAAACCGUAAUUAUUUAACUGACGCCUCAAUAUGUGAUUUAAAUUUUGAUAAGUUGAAAUUAGAUUCCCAUGUUUCAACUUUGAAAAAAACUCAAGUAUUAAAGUUCGAUGAGAACGAUAAUGAUAAUGAUAACAAUAAUUAUGAUGAUUUAAAUUUAUGCGAUGAUAAUUCUAAAGAAGUAACGAACGAAUUUUUAAAAAAAUUAGAAAUGCGACCGACCAGUUUCGAUGAAAUUGAGAAAAAAAUAAUUUAUUUGCGUGAAAAAAAUGAGUCAGCCGGACGAAUCGAAAGCGGACAAGGAGAUGGACCAGUUUCUGUUGAUAAAAAAAUGAACCCCAUAAAAUAUGUUGCAGCUUGUGGUGUCAUUAAAUCGGCUCGUUUUUUUACCGCUAAACAAAUACGUAAAGACUUGCGUCAACGUCAGUGUCGUCUUCAAAUAGCUUAUUCAAAUAAAGAGAUAAAUUCAAAAUUAUCUACUAAAACUGAAUCAACACAAACAGUACGAGGAACUGGUGGUAAUGACACUGAGACGAGUGCAAUGGAACUCGAUGGUAUUAAUAGUAAUAGUAGUAAAUUACUUAGUUUACAAGAUAUUAGAAAAUUGAGUAACAAACUAGUCUCCCGUGAUGAAAACGCAAAUGAUCCCGAUAAUGCUGAAGGCUGUUACUGUGAUGAUCGUAAUAAAUUUUUACGAUGCAUGGAGUUGGAGAUAAUUGAUAACGUCAAGGUCAAUGAGAAUGAUUUUGUUACGCCCAAAUACAAGAGACAUCAGUUGACAUUCGACAAAAGCCCCAAGAGAUUAUUCAAUGGAAUUGAAACCGGUCGCAGUUUUGUAUUUAAUUAUACCAUACAUUUAAUUAUUUAUGAAAGCAACACCAAGUGUCGGCUCAAUCUCUCCAAUGAAUUUGACUGUUAGAAAUUUUUUUAUAUCAACGGAGCGUUAAUUUCAUUAUAUUCGUUAUUUAUUUUUUCUUUAAUUGUUUUUUUUUAAUUAUUAAAUUAUUUUUAUUUAAAUUAAAGCGACCGGCUCGUUGAUAUUUAUUAUUUUUUUUUUUUACUUGAAUAAAAGUUAAUACAUUUGUGAUACUAAUUAAAGUAAAAUAGUAGACAUUAAUACAAAUGUAAUUAAAAAAUAAUAAAUCAUUAUCGUUUAAAGACUUGAGUAAUUAAAGAAGAAAAAAAUAGGUUGAGUAAUGAUAAAGAAAAAAGUAAUUAUCAAAGUUAAGGUCAUGUUAUUUUUAAAAAAAAAAUAAUCAUAAUUUUAUGUAAUUAUUUGAAUACUGUGUCGUGAGACAAAACAAUAUCUUAAAAUAACUGUGCUAAUUUUAGCAGAUUAUUUUCCAUUUACUCAUCCUUCAGUUUGUUUACCGUUAACUUUUUUUUUUCUUUUUAUUAAUAUUUAUAAAAAUAGUUAUUAAUUAUUAAUUGCGAUUUUAUAAGUACGCUUGCACUUACCGGCAAUGAAAGAGGGUUUUUCCGACUCCGGUACACCUUUUACAAUAUUAAGAAAAUCUUCAACGGAAUUAAAUUUUUCCAUUUGUUUUGCUAACGCUAUCGAUUUCUGUAACAAAUAAAUAUUUUAAAAGUUUUAAAGUUAUUCGCUUGAUUUAUGAAGAUAACAUGAGUGAGUAAAUAAAACAAUAAAUGCAGAAAAAUAUAUAUACAUUAAUUUUAUCUUUCAAAAAAAAAAACAUUAUUUACGUAAGUAAGUACUGAUAAAAAAUCACAAUUGAAAGGUAAAGUAUUUUCUUUGAUAGCCAAUUGAUAACGAAACGCGAUUAAAUAUUUUUUUUUUUGUUUACAAGAUAAUCGACACUUUUUAUGACGUCGGGUUGUCAUAUAAUUUUUUUUUUUUCAAUGUACCAAUGGUUUAUCAUUAUCAGUAUUCUCAGAAAUGAUAAUUAAAUGACUCAGGACAAUAAAUACUUGUAUGACUAAUUGUAAGGUAUGAAAUUAAAAUAAAAAAUUCUACGGUCAAUAAUCUUCUGUACGUUUUGAUAAUUAAUAUUUUCAUUAAAUAUAUUGUUCUUAAAAUAUAUAUACAAUAUAUU